AUGAGCACGUACCUUAUUGUUCUAACAAAUCUGGUUUUAUUCCUAUUUGCAAAUGGUCUUGAUAGUAUUGAGUUUACCAAUCCUGAAUUUCCUAACCCGUACUGGGGUCCUAUUAGCAGAAACCAAAUAAAUUACACGGUUCCGGACGGUUAUGGAACCAUUAUCUUAUUCAGACAGUUCUUAGUUUCCAGCAAGGAUUGUGUGUUUAUAUGCUCAGCUAACAACAGAUCAGAAUGUGACAAUUUGUGUGGUGAUGUUAUGGAUCAUCGCUCUGUCAAAAAAGCACUAAGAGUGAAAGGAUCAGCUUCAAUAACUGUUGUCAGCACAGGCUCAAGUGAUUAUUGUUUCCAUUCAGGAGUGUUUGGAGUAAUAAUGCCCUAUAAAGUUACCAACCCGGGUUACUCGACCUGCUCUGGAGUUAUUGACUUAUCAGUAGAAUCAUUUUAUUUUCUAGUUUCGCAUAAUUACCCCGAAAAUAUGUUUCAAUUCGGUCCUUGUAAUGUACAUUUCCAAUCUCUAAAACGAAUUCGUCUAGCUAUAUACUUUCUGAGCACUUCUGUAACUCUAGAUAAGCCAUUUGUGGUGACAGGAAUAUCACCAAAUGGUAAUUGGAACAAUCAAUCGUUCUCAGGAAAAUAUGUUAAUGAUGGAGAUCCGUUCGCAUUAUACUAUUCGAAGAACGUGAGCAUAAGCUAUGAGUUCGCGAAAGCCAAUACCACAGUCCAAAGAGGAUUUUAUAUAUUAGUAGACGAAGUGGAAGAUCCACCAGUUACUCCAGCCAGUUGUUAUAACGAAGGAGAUUACGUUCUGAAAGCAGGAGAACUUCGCUGGGUUGGAACCAACGGAUAUGGAAAGAUCAACUAUGAUUCUUAUUCGGACUGCUAUUUUAAAGUAACCAAUCCAUUCAAAAAUCAUCUUUCUUUAAUCGAUCUCUCAUAUGAAAGUGAAAAAUGCUGUGACACGAUGGACUUUGAUGGAGUUGGCAUUGCACCUUACUCAGGAGGAACUUAUCAAGGGGCGCAGUAUUCUUUCUGGAAUUUCGCGCAAAACUCAACAGUCAGUAUGCAUUUCCAAUCUGAUGGAGUCAUAAACGGACCUGGCUUUUCUGCAAAAUUCUAUGACAUUGACUGUACUUGCGGUCUCAUGAAAAUUCAACUUAAUGACUCAAACCCUGCUUAUACAAUCCGGCAACCAACUUUGAACUCUCCAACAUACUGUCCGUCGUUGAACUGUGCUUGGAACGUUACUUUCCCCGUUGACUACAAUCUUCAAAUAGGAUUCCAAAAGUUAAAUUUGAGGCAGCCAACUAAUGGCCAGGAUGUAUUGUCAGUGAUGGACUCAUUUGGCAAUAUUGUGAAGCAAACAGCUUCAAGUAAUACUGAUCCCACCUCUCUACUUAGCACUUCUGCACUUACUACUAUCUCUCUGUCUACAUCAUCAGAUAUUUCUUUUAUACCUGCUCAGUAUGGCUCAGGAGUCAUAGUAAACAUGACGAUUGUGAAAAAAGAUAUAAUUCAUCGUGAAAUCAAGUUCACUGAUCAGUUAAUGUUUUAUGAUAUAUCAACAAAUCUCUUCAAAGCCCGGCCUUCAGGAACAUAUGAGUUUUUAGUAUCAGCAAGGGAUUCAACUAAGUUUGUAACCAUUUAUUUCUUUUAUAUCACGAAUCAAAUUUCUCAUGUUGAUAUCUUCAAUGGUGAUAAUCCUGAUCCGAGUCUCAAAGUCAACCCACAGUUCCUACAAAACAUCACCCGAACUGGAUCCCCAACAACUUACACAUCCACUGGUCCAGUACUUCUCAUUAGGGUGCAGAGAAAUACAGAUUAUAAAAAUUUUGGGCAAGAUUUCCAAGCAAUGGUUACUGACUUAACUAGUUCUGAGCUGAAAGUUCAUAAUACUCCAACGCCCGGGAAAUACUAUGAAGUAGUCUCCGAUCGGGAAUUCACGAUAUUCCACGCUGAUGAUAUCUAUUAUGAUAAACAAUUGAUCUCCUCACUCGCAUACUCUUCCGAUACAGCAGAAGUGUUCAAGGGUUUAACAUUAGCUGACAGCAAUCUUUUAUCCAAGUAUACUCUACCAACCUACAUUUUUGAUCGAUACCUAGUGGUUCGUAACAAUGCUUCAUCGUCUAUCACGUACAAUUAUUAUUUCAACAUCCUUGGGAAUAUUCAAAUUCCGUUAACUGCUAAUCCAAAGUUAAUUGGAACUGUGAUGACAUCAGACUAUCUGCCCUAUCUUCUUCCAUACACUAAUACCUCUCAACAAAUAUCUAUCGAUUUAACUGAUGGUGAGGAAAAAGGAAUGUACAUUGAAUUCCUCAAAUCAAGCAAUGCUGGACAAGGAGUUAUCCAUGCAGAAUCAUUCGGAAAAAGGAUAUCGAGCAAGAGCUUCUCCGGAGCAAAUGGAACGUUCACGAUGGAACUUUGUUGCACCGAGAUUGUGAUUCAGUACUCUGCUCCACCUGGGCCUGAUAAUGGCUUAUACAUUCUCUACAAAGGAGGGAACCUCAUUUGUAAGAAUUCGUCGAGAUUAUCUUUAGGCAAUUUACUUGUCUUGUUCUUCUUACUCAUUAUAUAG